CCAAUAGGAAAGGAUGUGGGCGUGGCCUCCAAAUCUGGUUGGGGUCCUGUCGGAGUGUUGCGGCCCCGUGGUUUGUGGCCCUGGGCAGUGAGGGGUGCACUCAGGUGGACAAUGUGGAAGCUGCUAAGCUGGUUGUCCCUGGUGACAGGGCUGGUGGCUGCAAUUCAAUGCCCUGAUGGGCAGGUGUGUCCUAAGGCCUGCUGCAGGCAACCAGAAAGAAUUGGCUACCAUUGCUGUGAUUUGCCUUGGGAUUCACAGCCAUCCAUACCUGUAGCAAAGAAUGUACACCAGGGUGUCAUGUGCCAUGGUGAUUCCCAUUGCCCCAUUGGCUUCUCCUGCCUCUUCACCCCUUUGGGGAACUACAGCUGCUGCCCCUAUGCAGAGGCGGUGGUAUGUGGUAAUGGGCAUCACUGCUGUCCUCGUGGCUUCCACUGCAGCCCAGAUGGUCAUUCGUGCUUUAAGGUACAAGUAGGUGCCAGCUCCAGGGCAGUGAAAUGCCCAGACAGCCAGUAUGAGUGCCCCAAUGAAUCUACCUGCUGCAUAAUGCCAGAUGGCUCCUGGGGCUGUUGCCCCAUGCCCCAGGCUUCUUGCUGUGAAGACAAAGUUCACUGCUGCCCCCAAGGCACCUCCUGUGAUGUGGCUCAUGCUCGCUGCCUCAUGGCUGGUGGUGGUGCCUACCCACUGGCACAAAAAACCCCUGCUAAAAAGAUUCAGCAAGAAAAGGAAGUGAUGAUGGUCACCAAAGUGAUUUGCCCAGAUGCCCGUUCCCAGUGCUCUGAGGGUACCACCUGUUGCCAGCUGCCUAGCGGAUCAUUCGGCUGCUGCCCAUUGCCAAAUGCCAUCUGUUGCCCAGACCACCAGCACUGCUGCCCCGAAGGCACUAUGUGUGACUUGCAGAUGAGUAAAUGCCUCUCCAAAAAGGGGGACACCACUGACUUUGUUACCAAGCUGCCUGCAGAAACAGUGCAGGAUGUGAAAUGUGAUGGAGAAGUAAGCUGUCCAGAGGCCAACACCUGCUGCCGUCUGCAGUCUGGAAGCUGGGGAUGUUGCCCAUUUCCUGAGGCCGUGUGCUGUGAGGACCACGUCCACUGCUGUCCCCACGGCUUCACAUGUGACACAGGGGCAGGCAGGUGCAUCCAGGGGGCCCACAGUACGCCGCUGCUGGGGAGCACCACGGCUUCCCCUGCUGCUCCGGGCAAUGUCCCCUGUGACAACACCACCAGCUGCCCCCCCAAGACCACCUGCUGCCUCCUAGAAACAGGAGCAUGGGGCUGCUGCCCUGCCCCACAGGCCGUGUGCUGUCCUGAUCACAAGCACUGCUGCCCCCACGGCUACAUCUGUGGCCCGGAGGGGUGUAAGACUGAGCAUCACAUAGUGCCCUGGCUGCGGAAGAUGCCAGCUCGCUCCAAUAUGAUGUCUACCUCUGUGGAUUGUGACCAGCACACCAGAUGCCCAGAUGGACAGACCUGCUGUCCCAGCCUUCGAGGGGGCUGGGCCUGCUGCCAGCUGCCCCACGCUGUGUGCUGUGAGGAUCAGGAACAUUGUUGCCCAUCAGGCUACACCUGCAAUGUGAAGGCCAGGUCCUGUGAAAAACAAGGCUCGGCCCAGCCCCCCACCUCCUCCCUGCCCCUCUCACUGGCGAUGGACCAGGGAGAUGUGCAGUGCCAGGGCCAGCACUAUUGCCACAACAACCAGACCUGCUGCCGGAACAGCGUGGGGGCCUGGGCAUGCUGCCCGCUGAAUAAGGGUGUGUGCUGUGCCGAUGGCCAGCACUGCUGCCCCGAUGGCUUCCGCUGCGGGGCCAAGGGCACCAAGUGUAUUCGAAGGAAGAAACUGCGAUGGGAUGACCUCCAGACGCUGCUGUGAGUGGGAUGGGAGCCCGGGGGAUCACCACUCUCACCCAAGCAUUCCACCCCAGCCUUGAGGACAGUGCGGGGGGAGUACAUCACUCAGGCCUCCUCAGGUGUGGGCCCCCCACACUGGGUCUCCUCAGCACCUUCCUCUCCAGGCUCCACACCAUCAUGGUCAUUAACCUCAGUGGGAGGAAUGCCAGCCCAUGCUUUCUCCCCAGGUACCUCCUUUUCCCCAUCAGAUCACAGCCUCGGCCCCCAGGGGGCUGGAUGGGCAGCGCAGAGGCAAGGGGGAAGCCUCUGUUGCUGUGAUUCUCCAUGGCCAUUCAUCAGCUUGGCUUGGGGUGAGGUUCCCUUAACUCUGAGGGUUUCAUUGUCCAGCCUCUUUCCUCCUGUACCCAGUGGGGAUGUUUGAGAGGGGAUGGUACUACAAUAAAAUUUAUACAGUUUGUUAAA